UUCAAGAUUAUUCAAACACGAAUUUGAAAAAAAAUAAUGGAUUUAAUAAUGGAAAGAAACUAAAUACAAUAUUAAUGUGAUUGUUACCAUCAGUUAACUGAUUCUAUGAACUUUUUCUUCCUUAUGAGUUACAUCAAUUAAAGUUUAAUGUUUAAAUUACUUAUAAUGGAAGAUAAGGGUGAUAUCCAUAGUGAACAGGAAAGAGAACAUUUUCAUAAAAUUAUUCACUCAUUUAAAGCUUACAGAGUUUUCAACAGAGCAGUUAUUUUUAAACGUUUGAGGUAUUUGAGUACAUUAUCUGAAAGGCAACAACAGUUAUUACUUAAAUACAAACGAAGAUUAGAAAAAGCUGCUGAAUGUAUUGAUCACAAUGACACUAUCAUUAAACUAAUUAUUCGAGAUGUGGAACAAAUGUUUGAAAAUGUUAAUCAUAAACCAGUUGCUGGGCAGAAAAGAAGUGUUACAAAUCAAGAUAUAGAAAAAGUUAACAUAACGAUAAAACAAAUUUAUCGAGAUUGGACUGUGGAAGGUGCAAUUGAAAGGGAUAAAUGCUAUAGACCAAUAAUCGAAGAAAUCGAAAAAUAUUUUCCUGAACACGAAUGCAACAGAGCAGAUAUUAAAGUAUUGAUACCUGGAGCUGGUUUAGGACGUCUUGCUUUUGAAGUAGCAAAACGUGGUUUCACUUGCCAAGGGAAUGAAUUUUCAUUUUACAUGCUGAUGGCUUCGAAUUUUAUACUGAACAAUUGCCUAGGAGCUGGUGGAAAUGAGCUGUACCCUUGGGUUCAUCAGUUAGACAAUAUUCUGAGUUCGGAGGACCAGUUUAAGAAGGUCAGCUUUCCUGACUGUGAUCCAUCAGAUUUGUAUUCUCUCCACGGGACGUCUAGGUUUUCAAUGACCGCUGGGGAUUUUACUGAGGUCUAUACUGAAGAGAACGAUUGGGAUUGUGUAGCAACUUGUUUUUUCAUCGAUUGUGCCAAUAACAUUGUUCAGUAUAUCGAACAAAUUUAUAAUAUGCUGAAACCAGGAGGACUUUGGACAAGUUUCGGACCACUCCAGUACCACUUCUCUUCUUCUGUUGAAGAAGAAUCUAUCGAGCCCAGCUUCGAAGAGAUAAAAGAAAUCAUAAGGGGGAUAGGUUUUAUUAUACAGAAAGAACAGACUGGAAUCGAAACUACUUACUCGCAGCACCAACAAUCAAUGCUGAAGAAUGUUUAUUCCUGUGCGUUCCUUGUCUGUGUAAAACCUCACAGUUAAAAUAAGCUUUAAAUAUUGUGAAAUUUAAAAUUUUAUUUAAAUUAUUCGAUGACUUUACCUCAUUGCAACGAGGUUCGUUCACCCUAUCGUUUUAAAGUUUAGCCAAUAACUGUAUAUUAUAUUGAGUCUGUUUAAUGUACCAUUAUAUAAGUGGUGAUUUUACUUAUAACGGAAUAGUUCAUAGUUUUAUUUUUAACUAGAAUGAAG